CCCACCUCCCGCCUCCUGCCCCAGGGGACCAGCCCCAGCCCAGUGGCCCUCCGCCUACUUUCCUGACUAAGAUGGCGUCCCCCGUGGCAGCUCAGGCCGGGAAACUUCUGCGGUCAACGUGGGCGCUCCGACCGUGCCUCCCCUUGGGCCAGUCCCAGGGCAUUCAGGUAACCUCCAGAAGAUGGCUGAACCUGCAGGAAUACCAGAGCAAAAAGUUGAUGUCAGAACACGGAGUGAAGGUGCAGAGAUUCUUUGUGGCAGACACAGCCAAUGAUGCUCUCAAUGCUGCUAAGAGAUUGAAUGCGAAAGAAAUCGUUCUAAAGGCUCAGAUAUUAGCUGGAGGGAGAGGAAAAGGCACUUUCAAUAGUGGAUUGAAAGGAGGCGUUCAUUUAACCAAAGAUCCUAAAGUUGUGGGACAGCUGGCUCAACAGAUGAUUGGCUAUAAUCUUACAACAAAGCAAACGCCAAAGGAUGGGGUGAAAGUCAACAAGGUGAUGAUUGCUGAAGCCUUGGAUAUAUCAAGAGAAACCUACUUGGCCAUAUUGAUGGACAGAUCCUGUAAUGGUCCAGUACUUGUUGGUAGCCCCCAGGGAGGGGUUGACAUUGAAGAGGUGGCGGCCACUACUCCGGAACUAAUUUUUAAGGAGGAAAUUGAUAUAUUUGAAGGAAUAAAGGAUAGCCAGGCAGAGCGGAUGGCAGAAAAUUUAGGCUUUCGUGGUGCCCUGAAAACGCAGGCUGCAGAUCAAAUUAAGAAGCUGUAUAAUCUCUUCCUGAAAAUUGAUGCUACUCAGGUUGAAGUGAAUCCCUUUGGUGAAACUCCAGAAGGACAAGUUGUGUGUUUUGAUGCCAAGAUAAACUUCGAUGACAAUGCAGAAUUUAGACAGAAAGACAUAUUUGCCAUGGACGACAAAUCAGAAAAUGAGCCCAUUGAAAAUGAAGCUGCCAAAUAUGACCUGAAAUACAUUGGCCUGGAUGGAAACAUUGCCUGCUUUGUGAAUGGUGCUGGGCUUGCCAUGGCUACCUGUGACAUCAUCUCACUUAAUGGUGGGAAGCCAGCCAACUUCCUUGAUCUUGGAGGAGGAGUAAAGGAGGCCCAAGUGUAUCAAGCAUUUAAACUGCUCACUGCUGAUCCUAAGGUUGAAGCGAUCCUGGUCAAUAUUUUUGGUGGAAUUGUAAACUGUGCUAUCAUUGCCAACGGUAUUACCCGGGCAUGCCGAGAGCUUGAACUAAAGGUGCCCCUAGUGGUACGACUCGAAGGGACUAAUGUUCAAGAAGCCCAGAAUAUCUUGAAUAACAGUGGCCUUCCCAUUACUUCUGCCAGUGAUUUAGAAGAUGCUGCCAAGAAAGCUGUGGCCAGUGUAACACAAAAAUGAUGCCUUUUCCCUGACCCUCUUGAUGGAAAAAAUGGCAGCCACAAAAAGUUACCUACUUCAUUGAAUUGGAGAAAAUGUUUUGGGGUAUUGCUGAAUACUGGGGGGAAGGAGGGGAGAAAUAAUCAAUGUUUAUACAUUACUUUUUGGGAUCAGAAAUUCUUGCAGCUUAAAUACUUUGAAUUAUACAUAGAAUUGUUCUUUAAAAUAAUGAGCUUUCUCCUUUAUCUUCCAAGAAAUAAGCAGUAUCUCAAAGACUAACAAGAGCCAUUGAUAUGGAGAAGGAUGGAGAAUGGAGAGAUGGAAUUUCAAUUUUGUCCAAACUCAUUUCAGAUAUAAUUAGUCCAGUAAAAUGAAUAAAGUCACUGACUUUAGAUACUUUCCUUAUCAAAUUCCACUAUAGUUCUCCAUCAUGAUAAUUAACAAAAAGAUAUAGCUGAUAUCCAAAUUUAUCUCCCAUUUUAAAGGGAUUUUUUACACAAGAUUGGUAAUUUUUAUCCAUUUUUCAUUCUGCAUUUUUCUCACAGGGAAAAAAAACACACUGAUAUCACACGUGUUGUGUUCUUUGCCUUAACAUGAAAUGUGCUGUAUACCUCAUACUUGCUAGGAACCUAGACCUAAAGCCUUAAGGUCACCCAAUUUUUAUGUGAAAAAUAAGAAAGUGUGAUGCUGAUGAAAAAUCAAUUCUGUCAAUUGUUUUCCAAGAGUGGCUGGAUGAUAGAUCAUGUCUGUUUAUGUGUGUUAUUUACAAAAACGGUCAACCUAUAAUGAAAUGAGUAAGAGAUGCAAAGAAUAUAUCUUUUCUCAUAAUUCUGUCCAUGUACGUUAGAGGAAGGUUUUGAGUUGGGGAUUUGUUGAAAUUUUGGUUAAAAUGUUUUUAUCCAUUUUCAAAUUUUAAUAAAAGACUUUGUUCUGUGAA